UGAUGCCCAGACAUUUACCUGUUUUUACUGAUAAUGACCAGGGGGCCAUGCAGGAGAACUACCCUUUUGUCCCGCGAGACUGUUACUAUGACUGCUACCUGGAAGGGGUUCCUGGGUCUGUGGCCACAUUGGACACCUGCCAUGGAGGGCUGCGUGGCAUGCUGCAGGUGGAUGACUUGACUUACGAAAUCAAACCCCUGGAGGCUUCUUCCAAAUUUGAGCAUGUAGUCUCUCUGCUUGUGUCAGAAGAAAGACCGGGAGAGGCUAGUAGAUGUAAGACUGAAGGGGAAGAGAGAGAUCAAGAAUCUGAAAAGGUAAAACUGGCUGAAACUCCCAGAGCAGGCCACGUUUAUUUGUGGAGGCAUCAUAGAAAAAACUUGAAAAUUCACUACACGGUUACUAAUGGAUUAUUCAGGCGGAACCCUAAUGUGUCACACAUAAUAGAGAAUGUAGUGAUUAUUAACGGCAUCAUACAUACCAUUUUCAAACCAGUUUAUUUAAAUGUCUAUAUACGUGUUUUGUGCAUAUGGAAUCAAAAGGAUGCAGUAAGGUUUCAUCGGAUGCCUAUCGGAAGGGCUGUAAGAGAUUUUGGUGUGUGGAAAUAUCAUAAAUGGUUUACACGAAUUCCACAUGAUACCUCAGUUGUUUUUACAGCAUAUCGACUUGAAAACCGGGACUGUUUUGCCAACUUUGAUGGAAUAUGCAACCCCAACUGGGGAGCAAUGUUUGUGUAUUUAAUGAGAUAUCACUUAUUUAGGGGGGCAUGUUUAACAGCGCAUGCACUAGGUCACAACAUGGGCUUGGCACAUGAUUCUGCUGGUUGUUAUUGUUUUCGACGAACCAACUGUCUCAUGGCUCCUGUUCCUGAUCUUAAUGAUAUGAUGAGCAAUUGUUCUUAUGAGAAGAUGCAAGACAGGUUGAAUAAAUGGGAUCCUUGUUUGAGUGAUCCAAAUAUUCCAUACACUAAUUUUCCUUAUGUAGCUGAUCGUUGUGGAGACAAGAUCAAAAAUCAGAGGGAAGAAUGUGACUGUGGCUCCCUUAAAGAUUGUGCCAAUGAUAGAUGUUGUGAGACCUCUUGUAUCCUUUCUCUUGGCAGUGUUUGCAAUACAGGACUUUGCUGCCGUGAGUGU